AUGGCCCACAAGCGCAAGCGAUCUAUCUCCGAGCUCUGCGCCUCGCCCUCUUCAGUCUCAUCCUUCGACUCCCCUCCACGCGUCAGCAACUCCAUCACCAACCCUUUUGCCAUAAUGACUUCGACGCCCCUUCAUCUCCACAGCCGAACGAUGAAAAGAACACGCGACAACCGACCUUCAGAAGAGAUGAUUCAUCAACGUACACUCAAGAUGCUGUACUCGGCACAGAGCCAGACCCAACAGCCCGAAGCUCCAUCUGAACCUAUGCAAACUGAGACGCAAACUACACGGCCCGAAUCAGCACAACAAUCUCUCCAUCGGUUCUGGAACAUUUCUUCAACCCCAACAGCGUCAGCUUCUACUCUCAACCAACCCGAACUCGCUCCUUCGAACUGCGAGGACUGUGGUGUAAGCUUCAACAACGGCGACGACGGAAUGGAACUUGACAACUUUAAUAACGAGGAUCACUCAUGUGUUGCUUGUAACAAGCACGUCUGUUUCAGCUGCUCUGUCAGCAAUCUCGGCGAGCAGCGACGAUGUUUGCAGUGCGCAGGCCGAGAGGAGGCAACGAGUCACAACUCAACGAACGGACAUACAGCAAUGGUUUUUUGA